AUGAGUCCCAUCCCAGUGCCAUCCCCGUCCCUUCCCGUCCCACCCCCGUUCCACCCCCGUUCCAUCCCCAUCACAUCCCCAUCACAUCCCCGUCCCACCCCAGUCCCAUCGGAGUCCCACCCCAGUCCCAUCCCAUUCCAGUCCCAUCCCAGUCUCAUCCCAGUCCCAUCUCAGUCCCACCCCAGUCCCAUCCUUGUCCCAUUCCAGUCUCAUCCCCGUCCCGUGCUCGUCCUAUCCCCGUCCCAUCCCAGUGCCAUCCCCGUCCCACCCCGUCCCAUCCCCGUCCCACCCCGUCCCUUCCGUCCCAUCCCGUCCCAUCCCCGUCCCACCCCAAUCCCUUCGGAGUCCCACCCCAGUCCCAUCCCAUUCCAGUCCCAUCGGAGUCCCACCCCAGUCCCAUCCCAUUCCAGUCCCAUCGGAGUCCCACCCCAGUCCCAUCCCAUUCCAGUCCCAUCGGAGUCCCACCCCAGUCCCAUUCCAGUCCCAUCCCCGUCCCACCCCAAUCCCAUCGGAGUCCCACCCCAGUUUCAUCCCAUUCCAGUCCCAUCGGAGUCCCAUCCCAUUCCAUUCCAUCCCCGUCACAACCCCCUCCCACCCCCGUCCCACCCCCGUCCCAUCCCCGUCCGGACCCCGUCCCAUCCCAGUCCUAUCCCAGUCCCAUCUGAGUCCCAUCCCAGUCCCAUUCCAGUGCCACCCCAGUCCCAUUUCAGUCCCAUCCCAAUCCCAUAUGAGUCCCAUCCCAGUGCCAUCCCCGUCCCUUCCCGUCCCACCCCCGUUCCAUCCCCAUCACAUCCCCAUCACAUCCCCGUCCCACCCCAGUCCCAUCGGAGUCCCACCCCAGUCCCAUCCCAUUCCAGUCCCAUCCCAGUCUCAUCCCAGUCCCAUCUCAGUCCCACCCCAGUCCCAUCCUUGUCCCAUUCCAGUCUCAUCCCCGUCCCGUGCUCGUCCUAUCCCCGUCCCAUCCCAGUGCCAUCCCCGUCCCACCCCGUCCCAUCCCCGUCCCACCCCGUCCCUUCCGUCCCUUCCGUCCCAUCCCGUCCCAUCCCCGUCCCACCCCAAUCCCUUCGGAGUCCCACCCCAGUCCCAUCCCAUUCCAGUCCCAUCGGAGUCCCACCCCAGUCCCAUCCCAUUCCAGUCCCAUCGGAGUCCCACCCCAGUCCCACCCCAGUCCCAUCCCAUUCCAGUCCCAUCGGAGUCCCACCCCAGUCCCACCCCAGUCCCAUUCCAGUCCCAUCCCCGUCCCACCCCAAUCCCAUCGGAGUCCCACCCCAGUUUCAUCCCAUUCCAGUCCCAUCGGAGUCCCAUCCCAUUCCAGUCCCAUUCCAAUCCCAUCUGAGUCCCAUCCCAGUUCCAUCCCCGUCACAACCCCCUCCCACCCCCGUCCCAUCCCCGUCCGGACCCCGUCCCAUCCCAGUCCUAUCCCAGUCCCAUCUAAGUCCCACCCCAGUCCCAUUCCAGUCCCAUCCCAGUCCCAUCCCCAUCAGGUAA